AUGGAUCACCAAUUAAAAGUUUCUGAUCUCAUUGAUGCUGAUUUGGGGCAGUGGAAGUCCAAUGCGGUUCAAGAUACCUUCAUGGACAGUGAUGCUCAACAUGUUCUCAGCAUGCCUCUGUCGAGGUCUUUACCUAAGGAUAAUUUGAUAUGGCACUUCGAGAAAGAAGGGGAGUACUCUGUGAAGAUAGCUUACCAUCUCCUUAGCAAGCAGAAUCUGAACCAUAAUCCUGGCCCUUUAGAUGCUACAGACAACACCCUUUGGAGGAAACUUUGGAGAGUCCCUAUUCAAGAGAAGACAAAGAAUUUCAUGUGGAAACUGCUCAAGAACAUUCUCCCUACCAGAUGCAAUUUGCGUAAGAAAGCCCAGGUGGUUUGCACCGGAUUGUGGAAAAUUUGGCAAGCUAGAAACAACUUGGUCUUCAAGAGUGAGAUGCCAAAUCCACAAGUCAUGGCACGUUCGAUUGUGGAUUCUGUGAAGGAAUGGAGUGAUAUUAGGAAAACCAGGCAAUGCAGAGCAUCUGAUCUGGCAAAUGUAAUGGUCCCAAACUGUUCUUGGUUUAUUCAGUCUGAUGCAGGUUGCUUUGAAGGUGGUAUCGUGUCGCUUGGCUGUGUGAUUAAAUCGACCGACGAUAAAAUUCUUGCAGCCUCCUGCCAGAGAAUCUCCAGGUGUACUGAUGCAGCUACUGCUGAAUUGAUGGGAAUUAUGUGGGCUAUGCAGCUUGCCUUGGAGCAUAAGCUUGAUAAUAUUGUUUUUCAAUCGGAUGCCCUGAUCGUGGUGGAUUGUAUAUGGUGUUUCUUUUUCUGCGGCUCUUGA